UAGGAUAAAAAAAAAGAUCGCAUUUUUCAUAAAUUUCAUCUUACAAUGCCUCUUCUUAUUAAGAAAGAAAGAACUUCUUAGAGAGAUGUGAGAAGUUGAAAUACUAGAAAAAAUAUUAAAAGCUAGAUUUCGAUCGCGAAGGGAACGCGGAGGUGCGUGCGAAAAAGAUCGACAAAGAAACACAGCGGUUGAGGAUGAGCCAGGGUCGAUACGGAUGUUCCAUCGGAGCAGAGCGACGAACCUCGAGGAACGAGAAAGGGCUUCGAACAAUCAUCGAGCUACAUACUAGCUCCGCCCCCGUUGUCAGGCAAUCGACAUGGCCAUGUUUUACGAAGUUUCUCUUCCCUGGGGGGCAAAGUUCCUACUCGCAGUUCACGCGGUAGAUUCGUUCGAGGAACACGUUGCUCGCUCGAAGCAUCAUUUAAAAUCGCCAACUGUCGAGUGAACUUCGAUGAGUUUUAAAAAAAAAUGCAUUUAAAGGCAAGUUUAAGGAGUGGUCGGGAGUUUCAUUCGGCAGAUGACGAGGGAAGUUUCACUUUCUGCCAAUAAUAACGAAUAGAAAGGAAUUAAAACAUUUGAAGAAGAUGAGCGCGAUAACCAAAUGUUUAUCGGAUGAAAGAAUCCUGUGGAUCGUUGACUACGCUUCGAGGCAAAGUAAGUUUGAGAGUCUUGAGAGGAAAGAGGCAACAACGUUGAACAAUGAAGAAGUCGACAGAUCGGAUGAAGAUGACGAGGCCAAUGGAAGAUAACGAAAAAUGAAAGAUCUUUUAACAGAUAGCAAGGUGAAGGAACUUCAAGCCAUGCUUUUUCCAGUUCAGCCGAUUCCUGGCGGUGCGCUGGCAAACUUAAAUAAACUUCAGGAGUUACAAUUGCUACAGCUGGGACGAUGCGAUCUACCGCGAAGGGAAACGGAGUUAACGCUGUUCUCUAUGCCUUUUGCAACUAGGGAUGAUCAGUCGCAAGAAACUCUUCGAAGCAUAUUGGACACUCACUGUACGAUAGAUGGAAUCAUCCAGGAGACUGCUAGAUGGCCCACGGAAUGCCAAGUACUUCCUGAAAGAGUCAGGCAUAUAGAAUACGCUCCAUCCGUUCCAGAACCGUUCUACGUGCCAACCGGAAAGGAACCAAGACCAAAACCAUUAGGAGACGAGUUUGGGACUGUGAUAUUUCGAUACCAUCCAAUCAGCGUCACCAGUUAUUUUAGUAGAUCUUGCGUAGGCGGUAGCACGGUCGCGCCGUUUCCAGCGGAAUUCCCAACCGAUUCAAACGAAAAUGAAUCGAAGAACGUCGAAGCUAAUAGUAAUGUGUUCUUAGUAACCAGAGUGUCCGACAUGAUGGACACCAACAGCGAUUUACACUUUGAAUCCCGUUUCGAGUCUGGGAACCUUUGCAAAGUCGUAAAGAUCACUGAUACGUAUUAUCAAUUGUAUCUUAGAAAGGAUCUUUAUACUCAAAGACAUACCCAGUGGUAUUAUUUCAGGAUAUCAAACACAAGGAGCAGGACAAAUUAUAGACUGUCUAUCGUGAACCUUUGCAAAGAAGAAAGUCUAUACAACGAAGGUCUUCGACCACUUUUGUACUCGAUCGAAGACGCCAAGACGCGAGCCGUUGGUUGGAGAAGAUGCGGUGAAAAUAUCGCUUAUUACAGGAACGAUUCAUCAAGUGACGAGGAAAAAGAAAAGCACACAUUAACGUUCAACGUCUCUUUCCCUCACGACAGAGACACUGUCUAUUUGGCACAUUGUUAUCCAUAUACAUAUAGCGAUUUACAGGAAUAUCUUGCCAAAUUAGUCGCGGAUCCUAUAAAAUCUAGAUAUACUAAAUUACGACUGCUGUGUCGUACGUUGGCUGGGAACAGAGUUUAUUACUUAACUAUCACUGCGCCUACUUACGAUGAAGAAGUACGAAGGAAAAAAGGCAUUGUUAUCACGGCACGAGUUCAUCCAGGAGAAACUCCGUCUAGUUGGACGAUGAAAGGGAUUAUUGAUUUUUUAACCGGAGAAUCGAAUCAAGCCAGAAGCUCGACAACACAGGUACUGCGAGAAAGAUUCGUAUUCAAACUAGUUCCUAUGCUAAACCCGGACGGCGUUAUUGUUGGCAACAAUCGUUGCUCGCUUUCGGGGAAAGAUCUGAAUAGACAAUACAGGACUGUAAUGAGAGAAAGCUACCCCUCGGUCUGGCAUACAAAGUUAAUGAUUCGACGAUUACUGGAAGAAUGCGGAGUGGCCAUUUAUUGUGAUCUACACGCUCACUCUAGGAAACAUAACAUAUUCGUUUAUGGCUGCGAAAGCAAAAGAGCCGCGUCGCAGACGAAACUCUCCGAACAAGUGUUUCCUCUGAUGCUACACAAGAACGCAGCUGACAAAUUCUCCUUUGAAAACUGCAAAUUUCACGUGGAAAAGGGUAAAGAAGGUACGGGAAGGGUUGUAGUGUGGUCCAUGGGAGUGCAAAAUAGUUACACGAUGGAAGCGUCGAUGGGAGGGACGAAAAUAGGAUCCAGAUCUGGAACCCAUUUCUCUACACAAGAUUACGAGCAAAUUGGGAAAGUAUUCUGUGAAACUCUGCUGGAUUUCUUUGAUCCAGACCCAAUGAAGUGACGAAGGGGAUACAUCAGACAGUUCAGUCUCAGAGAAGGAAGAAACAGAAUUUCCAAGAAAUACAUGGAAUUAUACUUUGAAGGAGCCACCUGUUUCUCCGCAAUAUUUAUGCGCGCCACCACCUACGCCAACAUUUAUUCCUCCUCGAAGUUUAGAGUUAGCGAGAAGAAGAAGCAAAAAGGGAACCGCCGCCAACAGAGGUUAUCUUCGACGCAAAAGGAUGCUGAAAGAAUUCACGAAAAUUGCAAGGAAGAAGCUAUCCGAUUUAUGAACAAAGAAACAGAAGGAAUCACUAGCGAUGGACUGAUUUUACCGGAAAUAGUGAGAUCUCGUAGUAUGUCUUUAAAUGAGAAUUUCAGCGUCGAUAAGGAAGAAUCGAAGGCGAAUAGACGAUCCCAUUGUCUUCGCUUGGUUAGAAGUUUAAGACAUCGUUCACCCGUUCCAUUGAAAAGUCAAGAUAUACAAAUUAAGCUCAGUUCAUUGCGACAACAAAUAUGGAUGGGAGUUCCACUUGAUGUCACGGAAAAUAUCGAUAAAAGUAUCGAGCAUCCUAUUGCAAAGGGACCAUUAAGCUGGGGAAUAUCCAAUAUGGCAUUAACCCAGGAUAAAAUAAAUAAUAAAAUAUUACUAAAGGGCGCCAAGAAAUUACAAUUUCUCAAAUAUAUCGAUACGGAAAACAGCAUGAAAGAAGCACAAAGUAAAUAUAAACGUAAAGAUACUAUACGUUCAAAGGAGAACAGUUUAGGAGCGGAACCUCAAGAUACCAAGCGGAAGCCGAAGAAAAAAAAAUCUCCUUUUAAAUGGCAGAAGAUAGUCGAUCUAAAUUCGAAAGUAGAAGAGGUGCGCCAUCGUAAAACGUCCUUUUUAACGAUCAAAGCUGAUACCUUGAAAUUGGUUACGCUUGAGGUACCUUCCAAAGUACAAACGCGGCAGCACAAAAUUGAAUCCCGGAAGCAUCAGAAAAGUAGCGCCACUCGUACCAUUUCUAACGGUGGGAAAACAUCGAUUAUCACGAAAUCUCAAAUGCGCUUGCAACCACACUCACGCUCUCGCGUACAUUUGCAACCCUUGAUCGUCCCCUUAUGCGACAGUUUUUCAUCAGACAAUGAGUCGACCGAUUCUCACAAGCAGAGAAUCUCGAAGAAAAAAUACAAGAAGAAGCAACUGAAGAAAAAACCGGCUCCGGCGACGGGAAAGAAGAAGCGUGCUACUAGCGCGAGUGUGAUUACGAAAUCCCUGAAAGAUUUCACAUAAAAGUGGAUGAAUGGAUGUCCAAGCUCUUUUUCGUAUGUUUUUAAAUGUAUCUUGUAAGUACAUAUUUAUCACAUCUAAUAAAACUGAUACAGUGCAAAUGCUUUUUUUACGCAGUGUUCAUGACUAAAGUGAACUUCAUUCACAUAAUGCACAUUAGUACCAGGUAUCGAUGCGCUGAAUACGAGUUACAUUCGUAUGGCGGAACUGAGAAAUACUUGCACGAAUAGAUUGAUACAUAAUGAAAGAGAGAAAGGAGGGGAUAAAAUUUUACCCGUGACUAUGUAAUGAUUUAUCGUUCAAUUAAGGACAUGACAUUAUUAUGUAACAAACUUUACCGCGAGAUAAAACAAGGUACAGAGAGAUAAUUAACCAACGUACUUACAAUUUUUCGUUGAUCGAAAAAGGAGAAUUGUAUUUAAAUAUGACAGGCGCGUCAUUUGAAUGACAUUAUACAGACCUGCACGUUUCCUCCAUGCGUUUCUUUAUCAGAUAUUAGCAAAUCUUCGAUUUAACGAAAACAUAACCUCAACAAAUUGUUGCAAUACUUGUGUCGGUUGGAACAAUUAAUUGCCGUUAAAUUCUAUAUGACUUAUAGGAAGUAUAUCUUAACACGGGAUUUUAUUCAAUGGAAAAUUGUUUCAACAUAUAAGCUAUUGAUAGUCUUAAUCCUAACUUUCUAAUCUGUUGCACUUUCAACGAUAAUUUUAAUGCAAUUUAUAACACAGGAAAAACAUGAUACUACUUACAAGACACUGCACGAUAUUUUUCUC